ACUUCAAGAUGGGUCGAAAGCAGAAAGAGAUAUCACUCCACAAUAUUUCCCGUGCAUUAAUACCACUAAAUGCAUUUGAGUGUUCAGGAAGGUAAAGGUUCGGCUUUAGUGUAUUUUCUCUUAUACGAUUAUUUAAUACCAAGUGCGCCGCUUUUUAUUUACAUAUUAACACUGGAUUUGAAGUAUCUAAAGAGAACAAGGGCAAGUAAUUCCGAGUAGCAUAACAGGUCGUUUCAUCACGUGUAGAGCCAAUUUAUUUAUAAGAUUGUUAUUUAUUAUAAAUGCUGCCUGGUUGAUUCACUUCACAACACCAAACUGUCGUGGCAGGAUCUAAUUGUAGAAUAUCAGAACACAGGAACGACCUAGUGUGAAUCUCCUGUAUCAUAGACGAUCUAUGAUACCGGUGUCCACUUGGUUUGUGUUAUUAUCUAGUUGGUUCGGUUUCGUGUCUGGGUGUGUGUGUGGUUGUAGUUCUCUUUCUCCAUUGUAGUGUUUUAUUACCUGUUUUAUAAUCUAAAUGACGCAAUGUUUCCGCGGAUACCUGUCUGAAUAUUAUGGGAUUCAAAAGCAUGGACGCAUUUGUAACGUGAGGUAGCACACCGCCUGCUAAGAGCUUACUGACAUAGCUAGCUAACGAUGUACAUGUAGAUAGUUACGGUCUUACUGGUCAGUUAUUUAUCGUGUUGUUAAAGUAAAUGAAGACAGUUGCUACCUCAUAUGUACUUUACUACCCAGGUUUAGUGCUUGAGCUACGAGACCGGAUAUAGUUUCCUUAGAAAUAAAAGUAAGUGUAUAGAAAUUAUACAAAUAUCCCUGUUUGUUGGGAUAAAUGGUGCUGAAUUGUGUGGCAUGUUUCUUAAUGUAAGGUCUCAUUUAUAGGUGUUGAUCAAACUCCAUUGAUCACUGUUUUGAAAACCCCAAUCUUUUUUAUGACCUGGGAUAGUUUAACACUGGUUGGACUGGUCUUGACUCCCUGUCACGCUGCCUGAAAAAUCAGCAUGGGCACCAAAGUAGGUGUGAGCUGCACUGUGUCAUUCAUCCUCCUGGAUGUUGUCAUCACCACUGUCCUGUACACACAUGGAUCCCACUCUGUCCGAUUCAGAGAGGAUGUGCUGAACUUUAACAUCCUCAAGUCAGCGUUGGACCUGUGGGGGACUGCCCUGCUCCGAGGGUGCCUCCUGCUGGGAGCCUCCAUAGGUGUGUCAUGGAACAAGGUGGACGGCCCGCCGAGGGUCGCUUCGCUCGCCACCCUCAUCCUCUUCCUCUGCCUGGUCCUCAUCAGCUUUGCUCUGGCCAAGCUGCUGAUACUGAGCGAGCUGGGCCCUAUGACACAGCAGCCCUGGGUCCUGAGCCUCAUAUGCUGGACGUGUGCCUCUUCUCUGGUUGUCAUGCUGCUCUGGAGGCUGCUGAGCUCCGAAUCCAGCUCAGGGAGUCGUCACCACAGCAGCAGAAGCAGAGAAGGAGCAGCAGGCUCUGAGGACACAGAGAGCCUGGUGGGGACUGAUGAGGAGGGGGAGCAGGAGGUGGGAAGUGAGAGGAAGAAGCAAAACGAGGAGGGAACCCAGGAGAGGGAGAAGACCAGCUCUGGAGCUACACUGGGACGUUUGAUAGCCAUCUCAAGCAAGGAUGGCGGGCUCCUGUGUGCAGCUAUCCUCUUCCUCAUCAUUUCUGCUGUGUGUGAAUCAUUCAUACCGUACUACUAUGGGAGGGCCAUUGACAGCAUCGUGGAGAACAAGAGCAUGGCGCACUUUGCUAAACCAGUCAUCACACUGGCAGCACUGGCCUUUGUCAGUUCAAUUGCAAUGGGAGUGCGUGGAGGGGUCUUCACGCUGACAUUUGCUCGAAUAAACCUUCGUCUCAGAAGCCGUCUCUUCAGAACGCUGAUGAGGCAGGAGAUAGCGUUUUUUGAUGAAAACCACACAGGUGACAUCAUCUCACGGCUGUCAGCUGACACCACCCAAGUGAGUGACCUCAUCUCCCAGAAUGUCAACAUCUUCUUGAGGAGCACCAUCAAGGGCAUCGGCUUCUUCAUCUUCAUGUUCGGGAUCUCCUGGAAGCUCAGCCUGGUGACCAUCAUGGGAUUCCCUUUCAUUGGCCUCGUCUCUAAACUCCAUGGAGAAUACUACAAGAAAUUGACUAAAGAAGUGCAAACCACUCUUGCAGAGGCCAACAGAGUUGCAGAAGAAACGAUUUCAAGCAUGAGGACAGUGCGAAGCUUUGCCAACGAGUGUGGGGAGGCCGAUUCCUACGACGCCAAGCUCUUAGCCAUGUUCCAGCUCAACAAGAAGCAGGCUUUGGCCUAUGCUUGUUACAUUUGGUCCAGUAGUAUUUCAGAGUUUGGUUUAGAGGUCGCUGUCCUCUACUAUGGCGGCCACCUUGUGAUUUCUGGUCAGAUGAGUAGUGGUGACUUGAUAUCUAUUUUCAUAUACAUGCUCGAGCUGGGAGAAUGUCUAGAAAGCAUUGCAUCAGUGUUCACAGGCCUCAUGCAGGGCGUGGGAGCUGCUGAGAAGGUUUUUGAGUAUCUGGACAGGGAACCCAAACACCCAGCUGAUGGCACAAAGGCUCCUCACACCUGCACUGGUCUGGUUGAAUUUAAAGACAUCACGUUUGCCUACCCGACCCGCCCUGAGGUUGAUAUUCUCAAGGGGGUGUCAUUCACGCUGCGGCCGGGAGAGGUCACAGCCCUCGUGGGACCCUCGGGCAGUGGAAAGAGUUCCUGUGUGAGUCUGCUGGAAAACUUCUACCUUCCUCAACAAGGCCAAGUGCUACUGGAUGGGAAACCUGUUCAGACUUUUCAGCACGACUACCUUCACUCCAAGGUAGCUCUUGUGGGCCAGGAGCCUGUGCUUUUUGCCAGGACGGUCCAGGAAAAUAUCACCUACGGCCUGACUGACAUCCCCAUGCAGUAUGUGGUACAGGCUGCUACCAAGGCUAACGCUCAGGACUUUAUCAGCUCCCUCCCCAAAGGCUAUGAGACAAGUGUUGGAGAGAAGGGCACCCAGUUGUCAGGGGGGCAGAAACAAAGGUUGGCCAUUGCAAGAGCUCUCAUCCGGAACCCACGUGUUCUUAUCCUGGAUGAGGCGACCAGUGCUCUGGAUGCAGAGAGUGAACACAUUGUUCAGCAGGCUCUGAACAAUGUCAUGAAGGAGCACACGGUGCUGGUGAUCGCACAUCGGCUCAGCACAGUGGAGAAGGCAGACAACAUCAUAGUGAUUGACAGGGGCCACGUGGCUGAACAGGGCCCUCACAGUCAACUGAUGGCCAGUGGGGGGCUCUACUGCAAGCUGGUGCAGAGGCAGGUCCUGGGAAUACAGACGGGGGCGGACGUCCUAAACCUGCCUGAAAACCUCAGCUGGAAGCCUGAUGGAGCACAUCAGCGCAGGAGACAAAGCAGCAGCAGCAGCGCCAGCGAGUCUGAGUGCAAAGUCCGCUACUGAGAAUGAACUCCAGUGUGAGGAGAUGAGAUUGGACUGCAGCUUACACCAUAUAUGAACUGCAAGAGACUUUUUGUGAGGAAAUUCUUUAGCUUUGACACUAUAUAGAUCAAAUUAUAUUUGAUCAAAUGAUAAUGUCCCAAUCAGUUCAAGUGAAGAUGCACUAAUCAACGUACUGAGUGACUUUAUUAAAGCACUGGGGUGUAGGAUUCAGGGAAA